AAUAAAGUUGUCCUAUUUACAGGUUUUUGAUAAGCUGAUUUUAUUCUUUAAUGAAUAAGAAACGAUGCCAUUAUCCCCUACAAAAUAGCUAAGGUUUUACUUGAACAAAAUCCGUUUGGAAAUGUUAAGCUGGUUACAUAGAACUAAUAUGCCUCAAGGUGGUCAUUCUCUCUGGAUUAAAGCUGUGGAACAAUUGUGGCUCCUGUUACAAGGAAAGUGACAAAGGGCCAUUAUGAAAAGGGACAAAAAUCUCUGUUCCCAGAGGGGGAUUGACAAGCUGAAAGUCCCCUUCUACAUGCCAACACAAAAGCCUGAUUGCCUCAGAUUGUUUGUUUAUGUAAAUCAAAAUGCUGCCAUUAAUUCAGCAAGUGGGCUGCUCAGAGACAAAGAAGGUGGUGAUUGGCUGGAUGCUUGCUUCUGGGCUGGUGGCAAAUCUGACAAAUCCUAUUGCUUCUGUUCUAAGCUCUAUCUGGACACCUUUAGGAAAAGCACCUUGAUACUAGGUACUGAAGCAAAUACUUUGUAUUCUUAGAGUAAGAGUUGGAACUAUAGAACUUGAAGGGGAGAGAACGCAUCUAUCAAGGAUCCUUUCACUCAGUUUCCUCAUAGCUCUCUCUGCGUCCUUGGACUCAACUCUACAUCAUGACAGAUGUUCCAGGGACACUUAGUCGGGCUGAGUGCAAUGGGGAUACACCACCUGAAAAUGGUCAACAAUCGAUCACUAAAACAAAUGAGGAAGCCAGUGAUGUGGAUGGUACCCCACCAUACUACCGCGUAGAACCCCAUCUUGAAGACCUACCCACAGAAGGAAAUCAAGAGAAAAGUGAAAAAUUACAAGGGAAUAUUGUAGGCAACUGGUCCAUGGAUGAGAAGAUUCUAAAAGAAAAACCAGAAGAGAAUCUUUUUAUUGUUCAUAAGGCUAUUACGGAUCUUUCUCUCCAAGAAACAAGUGUUGAUGAAAUGACAUUCAGAGAAGGACAUCAAUGGGAGAAGAUUCCUCUGAGCAUCAGUAACCAGGAAAUAAGUAGACAAAAGGAAAGGAUUGCUGAACAACUUCUAGAAGAGAAGGAAGAGGAGGAUGGGAAGAACAAAGCUCGCCAGGCAACUGAAAUUGAAUGGUUGGGAUUUCGGAAACCUAGCCAAGUUGAUGUGUUGCAUUCUAAACAUGAGGAGGAGGAAGUUUGGGAUGAAGAAAUGAAUAAUGAUGACGAUGAUUGCAAUGAUGAUGAAGAUGAAGUUCGAGUGAUAGAAUUUAAGAAAAAAAAUGAAGAGGGUUCUCAAUUAAAAGUGGAAGGUGAUGCAAAUGAGGACUCCCCACUGAGCAGCCCCAGUUCCCAACCUGAGGAGCAGCCAGCCUUUGGGAAGAAGAGUGAUAUCUCUAGAAAUGCUUAUUCAAGAUACAAUACAAUAUCCUAUCGGAAAAUCAGGAAGGGGAACACCAAGCAGAGAAUUGAUGAAUUUGAGUCUAUGAUGCACUUAUAAAUUAAACGGAACUGAAGAAUUCUCCCGCUCACUAAAGCAAAAUCUAAUU